AGUUUAUAAAAUGUUCACUCUGAUAUGAAUUCACCCUACAAUGUAUGAAAGAAUGGACAUUUUUAUAAGUAUCGACUGAUACCGACUUGUUGUAGUCGCAGGUAGGGUACACUCCGCCAAAAUUAAUCGCCUCGCAACUCAACUCCUUUGAGUAUCGUGGAGUUGAGAAUUCUUUGUGAGGGAGCAAUAACCUGUGGAAAUGCUGCAGAACAAAAGCCUCGGAAGGAUUUUAUAUCGAUGCCUCUUUCACUCGGGCAGUUGCGGAGGGGCACUAUGGCACGGACUUGUUAGCGUGUAACACCCGGUGUUUGAGUCGUGGAAUGGAGUUCCGUUGAUUCUGUCCAGUCAGUAAAUAUUUUAUCGUUAGUAUCGUUCUCUUUUGCUACACAGUGAAAUAAAUCGGGACCACAAACCCGAACAUCAUGGCAGAAAAUAUUAUCAUCCGGGUUCAGUCCCCGAACGGGAUGAAGAAGAUCCCCGCCACCAAGAAAGAGACAGCAGCCGCUUUCCUAAAUAAGGUGGGCAAAGAGUUUGGCUUCACCUCCAAUGGCUUCUCUAUCUUCCUGAACCGCAACAAGACCGAUGAGAUCCAGUCCCAGAAUAAGACCCUCAGCCUGCUCAAGAUCAAACAUGGAGACAUGCUCUUCCUGUACCCGUCGGGCUCCCCAGGACCCUCCGGAGAGACCAUGGACGUGGCCACCACUCACUCUUCAUCACUACCCUCAUCUUCAUCGUCCAUGAUGUCACGCUCCCACUCGGCACCCCACAUCCCCGAGGAUGAGAUUGACCAGUACCUGGCCAAGCAGGAGGGCAAGAUAUACAGGAACAAAGAUCCACAGCUGUGUCGACAUGGAUCGAUGGGAAAGUGUGUACACUGUGUACCACUAGAGCCUUUUGAUGAAGAAUACUUGAGCCAUCUAGAUCCGCCUGUCAAGCACAUGUCAUUCCACGCCUACAUCCGUAAGCUGACAGGAGGCGCCGACAAAGGGAAGUUUGUGGCCCUGGAGAACAUCAGCUGUAAGAUCAAGUCAGGCUGUGAGGGCCACCCUCCCUGGCCAGAGGGGAUCUGCACCAAGUGCCAGCCCAGCGCCAUCACCCUCAACAGACAAAAAUACAGACAUAUAGACAACAUCAUGUUUGAGAACCACACCAUCGCAGACCGUUUCCUGGACUUCUGGAGGAAGACGGGCAGCCAGAGGAUGGGCUACCUGUACGGCAGGUACACAGAGCACAAAGACAUACCUCUGGCCAUCAGAGCAGAGGUCGCUGCCAUCUACGAACCCCCGCAGAUUGCCACCCAGAACAGUCUGGAGCUGGUAGAGGACCCUAAAGCUGCAGCCGUGGAGGAGAUCGCAGCGAAGCUGGGCCUGCGCAAGGUGGGGUGGAUAUUCACUGACCUGCUCUCUGAGGACACCAGGAUAGGAACAGUUAAAUACACCAGGAACAAGGACUCGUAUUUCCUGAGUGCAGAGGAGUGCAUCACGGCUGGACACUUCCAGAACCAACAGUCUAACCCCUGCAGACUAUCACCCGACGGACACUUUGGGUCCAAGUUUAUCACUGUGGCGGCCACAGGUGGUCCUGAUAACCAGGUGCACUUUGAGGGUUACCAGGUGUCUAACCAGUGCAUGGCCCUGGUGAGGGACGAGUGCCUACUGCCCUGCCGAGACGCCCCCGAGCUGGGCUACGCUAAAGAGUCCAGCACAGAGCAGUAUGUACCGGACGUCUUCUACAAGGACAAAGAUAAAUUUGGCAACGACAUCACAUAUCUAGCCCGGCCUCUUCCCGUGGAGUACCUUAUUAUAGACAUAACCACCACGUUCCCCAAGGACCCCCAGUACACCUUCUGCUCCACACAACGCUUCCCCAUUGAGAACAGAGACAUCCUGGGAGAGACACAGGACUUCCACAGUUUAGCUACGUACCUGUCCCAGUGCACCUCCACUGUAUUCUUGGACAUUGUGUCAGAUUUUCACCUACUCAUCUUUCUGGUCACCAACGAGGUCAUGCCUCUCAGAGACAGCAUUGGUCUGCUGCUGGACGCGGUGAAGACAAAAGACGAGGAGCUGGCUCAGACUUGGAAGAAGUCUGAGCAGUGGGCCACCAUCGAGCAGCUGUGCAGCACGGAGGGUGGGCAGCCAUCGGGCCCUCAGGAGUUUGGUGCCAUGGGCGGGGGUCCCUCUACCCCAGCUUCCUCAUCAGCCAUGUGGUCCUGCCUCCACUGCACCUUCAUGAACCAACCAGGCACAGAGCUCUGUGAGAUGUGCAGCCUGCCGAGGGGUUAAACCCCAUCCCUCCAGUGGCCCCCUGCCCUGCUUCCUUACGCACCAAUGACAUCAUUGCACCGGGAUUGGAUGCUGCAAGCAGCUGUGUGAUUGGAUGUCUCCUCCUCUUGGCCCCUCCCCCUGGCCCUCAGUCCCUCCCAUCUCAGACUGCUAAGGAAUGAUAAGCGCAAAAUGAAGGCACUAGUUUACAGCAAAUGAAAUUAUGUAACAAAGGUUGACUGUGUGCUCUCAAUCCUCUCUCUUUCUCUCUCUCUCUCUGCCGUGGCCUCUGAUGGAGACUGGCUGGGACAUGUUUAGGUAAAAGCACUUUGGCAUCAAGUCUUCUUCCCUAUUUCCCCCUAUGGCCCCUGAUAUUCUUCCAUGACCUGGCUCCCAAAAAAAUGUCUGUGCUUCAGGACAACGGCAAAAGAAAGACUUUAGAAUUUGGAUGUUAUAUCCCACUCACACCGACCAGUGCCCAUCCCCUCUUGCUGUUAUGACUUAUUCUGGAAAUUCUGUUGUGUAAAUAAUAUACAUUAUUUGAGGAAUGAUUGAUGCUGUUUAUUUAAUUACAUUUAAUUCCUGAUUGUAGCUACAUUUAAUUCCUGAUUGUAGCUACAGUAUAUAUCUGGACUUUUGAAUCAGUUUGGGUCAGUUUUGCACCGUCAGAUGCUACAGUUCUUGUAGAACUCAUCCUCCCUUACAGUUGACAGUUAUCAGACAGUGACGGUCUAUCUAUAAGAGCUCUUCAUUGGCCCAAUCUUAGAGACGUUAAAUUUAUCUAUCAUACACAGUCUCAUAAAUCUAACCUCCUUUAUUUAGUGUUUUCUGUUGCAGGAGUGAUGUUUGUUCUCGGUUGCUUUUCCCCUUGGUUGAUGCCAUGCCCUCAGGAGUAAGUUUGGGAGAUGGCCUUUUGGGUUAUAUUUCUAAUUUGAAUUAGAACUGGCGUACAUGCUCAGUAUUUGUUAUAUCUCCAGUUGAAGCUUAUACUGUAUAGUAGACAUGCCUGUUUUGAUGGCAGCUUUGAGAUGCUUACUUACAGUGUAGGUAGUUAACCCAGUAUCUCCCUCUUUCUCGCCGUAGCUUUUUCUGGCCUCUGUUGUCCUCUUUCAACUGGCGCCAGUCCAGAGGGGCCAGGGCGUAGAGAAAGGGUAAUAUCUUCUCUGACGGGCCCCCUAUGGAUCUCCAUCACUCUGCCUUCAAAGACUCCAUAGGUCACAGGUCAACAUAGUGGGAGAGAAAGAUACCUUAAUGGUCCAUGCCUUCCAGCAGGCCAAUGUGCUGUGCACCUGGGAUGGAGAGGAAGAAAGAUGGUGAGGCGAAAAAAGAGAUUGCCAAGAAGGGGGGAGAGGGCAGGCAGUGUUGAGCUCUGGGUGUGUGUCCUUCUUUUACAUAGAACCAAUAUUUCCCUCCACUAAAAGCUGUAAAACUGAACUCAUUCCAUCGGUAGUAAUUUGAUGUCAAAUAACUGAUGUCCACCGCACAAUCAAUUCAGUAGGGAAUGUUUCCCCUUCUCAUGCCCCCUUUUUGAGAUGCAGAUUACAGUGAUCCAGGUACACUAUAAUGUCUAUAAUGAGAAUAUGAAUGGGUUAGCGGGUAUCAUUGACCUUCCACACGAGCACUUAUUCCACAAGAGCUCUGUGUCAACACUGGGGGGUUGUGUGUUACUUCACAUAUAUCGCUGAUUCAAGGGAUUCAGCUUUAUAUGCUUGAAAUAAAGCGCUCAAACCUUUACACUGCUAUUUUGAUGGCAUUCAACUAAGUCAUUGGUUUGAUUUUCGGUUUGAUUUUACUCUAAUUUGACAUUGUAGAAGUCAGAUUUAGUCCAACAGAUACCUCAACUUUUUCCAGCCUUCAAGUAUUUCCUGAAGAGGGGCUUUAUUCAAAAUACGUAGCGGGUGACCAAGAGGUUGGGCCUGUCACUUGAAUUUUUCAUCCAUUUUGGGGCUGCUAUCAGGAAAGUGUAAUUUUUAAGUUAAAAAGAAGAGGGGGGGGGCUGUCAUAGCUUUCAAAUUAUGCUAUUUAUAAAGAUUUUUUUAUAAGAGCUUAGUCAUUUUCAUUGAAGUGAGUAUAUAUUUUUAGUUUGUAGAUUAAUUUGAGAAUGCUUUAAGGUUAUUUUGCCUGUUUCUAUCCCUUUCCCUCUGUGAGAAGAUCUGAAGAUCUGCUGAUGCCAUGCUAACAGAUUGAUGAACAGUACAUAACACAUGUCCUAGCUCUGGUCCAGGGGGUUACAUAUGGCUUGCUGAUGAAGCCGCACGUAAUGCCCUGGACCAGAGCUACAAAAGUCCCAACUUCCCGACUCAGAGCUGAAGAAUUGGACCCUGAAAGAAAGUUAUAUGAUACUGUACACCUGGAUUUAAAUUUUCAAUAUCAAAAAUACCAGUAAAACAAUAAAAUUAAAAAUUACUAUCAAUG